CCCUCCCCACCCCCUUCGACGAAGAGAGCCAACGCACUCUCUCCCUCGCUCCCUCCUCCCCCGAUUCGCCCCCACCAUUUCCACAUGUGACUGAGGAUCCUCUCUCGCCGCUCCUGGCUUUGGGCCUGCGGCUGCGGCAGGAAAUCCAGCCACCGGAAUUCCGCUGAGGAAUACAAGGAAUCCCUUGUGGCACCUUCAGCUCGCACAGCCCUUCACAUCUGCAGGUGUUUCUGCUCCGCUCCUGUUCCGAAAUCACACUCGCUGCAGCGGCACGAGAAGGGAAGAGAGCCCAGCUCUACAUGUGACGAGUCCCAGCCUGGUUUCCCCAUCUGACCCCCUGCGGAUCAUAGCACCCCCCCCACCACCACCUCGCACCAUGCAGCCCCAAACAGCGGAGGUGGCUCGCCUCUACCAGACGGAAUUCAUCCGGAGCGCACGGGCUGUGGGGGCGCUGUGGGCCGUCUGCACGCUCUGCUUUGCCAUCAUCGAGGUGGUCAUCCUUGUGCAGCCCUCCUGGGUGGGCACCCGCGAGGCAUACUACCAGGGCGGAGCACCCCCACCCCCGGCUGGAACGCUGGGCCUGUUCGAGAUGUGCCUGGAGACGGACUGGCUGGUGCCAGAGUGCCGGGGGUCUCUGCACACACUCACGCCGCUCCCGGCUUUCCAGUCAGCUGCUGUGCUUGUGUGUGUGUCCCUGACCAUGGUGUGGGUCAGCGUGGGCUGCCUCUGCCUCUUCCGCUUCUGCAACGCAGCCACCGUGUACAAGAUCUGCGCGUGGCUGCAGCUCGCGGCAGGGUUCUGCCUCGCUCUGGCCUGCGUGCUCUUCCCAGAUUCCUGGGACUGUGCCGAGAUGCGAGCGCUGUGCGGGGAGAAGGUGGCCAGCUUCUCGCCGGGGAACUGCUCCGUGCACUGGGCCUUCGUCCUGGCCAUGCUGGGCGUUUUAGAUGCUGGGAUCCUGGCGACGCUCGCCUUCGUGCUCGGAAACAGGCAGGACGCCCUGCUGCCUCAGUACGGGAAGGAAGCCACUGGAAUAUUACUGUCGACGUAGAGCCCUGGGUCCCAGCAGGACAGUCCGACACCGUCAGAGAACAGCGAUUUGCUCCUCCUCCUUCAGGAUGACAUCAUCUCACCGUGCUUUGGUUAUAUAACCCAUCUCAACUGUCACCUAGCAACCGCAUCCUUAUUUUUUUUCUGAGAGACAGACGUUCUCACCCUUGGUUUUAGAGCCCGUCGUGCCCUGAUUCCAUGCUCCAUAAAACAAGAAGGACAGAUUCUGAAAGCCGCUGUUAUAGGUGAUCUCAUUAUCUGUGCUGUUUACCUGCUCUUGUACGGAACGUUGUUGUAUCGUGAUCUGGUUCACAUUCAAUUCAUUUUUGAAGGUGCAAGCAUCAGACAAAUAUAUUUUCUUAACUGAUUUGCCUUUUUAAAUACUUUUUUUUUAUUUUAGAAAAAAUCUUUGCCACUGUUUACGCAAGCAAUGUUCUUUUCCUCUGCAUUUAAUUUAUAUACUGUAAUAAAGCCUUUGUUUACCUAACAGCAAAUGCGGAGGUUUGAAUGAAACUGACUGUUCAUAGACUGUAGUCAUGGUUACUUCAUAACGUCAACUUUCCACUCAACUGGAGGUGACCGGGGAUCAUACCACUAUUUUACUCCAUCAGCCUGGGCUGGUUGCUGUAGGUGUUUCCUGGCAGCCUCUUUAUUUUGUGUUUGGGUGUCGUAUCCUUACACAUUUCAUCAUCCCGUUGCUCUCAUUGUGCUCUCAGGGUUUGCUGUGAUGUAUCCACUCAGACAACAUGAACAGAGGUCCAACAAAGGCGCUGUAGACUCUACUGCUCACUGCCAUCUAAAGUACCACAAUAAUACACGAUGGUUUUGGAUUCAGAGGCACAGAGCAAUUCAUUCUCCCGAGACCGGGGCGGAAUCAUCCUUCCGUUAUGCAACAGCCCAACGCUUGCUGAUACAGGCUUCGAUGUUUUGAGCUCUAUUUAUAUGCAUUUGUACGUAUUUUGGUUUGUGGUCCGUGUUUAUAUGUGUAAAUCAUUUGAAAAACCAGAAUGUACACGUCGCAGUGAAUGUGUAUGCGGGAACGGAACGCGGAGACUUGCGAUUUGACCUUUGAAUAAAACCGUUUGCCAAAACGGGAAAGCGUCAUCUCUCUUCCAGUAUUUAUUGACCUUGUUUUUGUGUGUUCAUAAGGGUUACCCCAAGAAUCAGCAUGCUUGUGACUAAAGGCCAUUUAUUUCACCGUAAGGAAAAACAGCAAUUAUUGAGCACAAAUAUUUGUCAAGGCAAUGAAGCAAAAUAGCUCCAGAAGAGCAGAUGGACACCAACAGAUACCAUGCUCUUUAAAUACGCUGUGAUUCGGCAUUUAAACCUUCGUACUGCUCAAACACAGAAAAAGCUACAGCAACUGGAAUCACUGAUUUUCACUCCACAAACACUGAACACACUGUUGGAGAAGCAAGGUUUUAUCGAAAGCAGGACAAGUGCCACUCCCUGAAUGGAGGAUCCGGUAAAGAUUUGCCAUCUCUAACAGUGCUAGUGGUGGCAAGAGCUAUGAGGAAGGACCCUGGGAAGAAGGGCGCAUGCGAAGAUGGAUGUAGGCUAGACCCCCACAGUCUAGGGAGCUCACAGGGCCACAAUAUACAGUAUUACACAUUGCUUCUGCCUUUUGAAACUCGUUUGCCACUCUGAUGCUGUUGUGCGGUCAGACAACUCUGUGACCUGUGUGUCUUUUUCUCGUCUGAGACACGUACGUCGGUCGAUAAUUUGCUUGUGUUUAUUGGAUUCACGCUGAGUUUUUCCGUAUAAGCGAGGAGCGGCGAGAUUUCUCUCGCUCCUGUUUUGUGUAGGUGGCGGUGGGGGCUGUUCGUCCACAGCUGUGCGGACCAUCUCAGCGAUAACCUUUAAACGUCAUCAAGCCGCAUAAUCCUUCGACUUGUUCAAACACAAUCCAGCAUUACAGUCCAUGUGUCAUUCUGCUAGUGAAACGUAACAUAACGCGGCAAGGCGAAAGCGAGCACAAAAAUAACAUCAGUGAAAGCGCUCACUUUCAAUCAUCUACUGGCGGUCAAUAAGAAACAGGACCUUCGUGUGCUGUGAUGACUAGUGUAUGCACUUCGCCGAGAGGAUACACACCAAUGACACGUGGCACGUGGCAAAGCCGCACUGCAAUACAGCGGCCUGCUCUGGGGACCGAAGAGGAUGCUGGGAUCAGUUUGAUCGAGCAAUCGAGGUGUUCUCAUAAAGCCGCUGGGACAUCGGCGUCCCCCUGCUCAUCCUCAAUGGACGGAUGGGUGAUUUGCCUUUGCACUGCACUGUGCUGAACGGCAGCUGCGCGUCCAGCCUGACGCUACGAGCAGUGCGAGCAGAGCGGUUCUCACGGCCCCUCGCCUCCAUCGUGCUCCUAUUGAGGAUAAGUUGAGCGCAGCCUGGUUUCACGCCGUAGGGAGGGACACGAUGUGGUGGUAUAAUUGGUAUGGAGCGAACUUCUUCUGCAUCACAGAGAUCUUCCCCGUGUCUCCGCACAAUUAUCAGAGCAAAACAAAUGCACAAGAGCACACACUCGCGAUCAGGAGCUUUUAAGGUACGACCAGCAGUUUGCCGCAUGUGUCGGGAUUUCUUUGCUUCCGAAGAAAAUUUUGUCCAAUUCUUCGUACGACGGGACGGUCCGCGGCCGCUCGUGUCGCGCUCCCUCAGGCGUCGUCGCCGGUGACACGUGACUCCGUAACUGCGUCGUUUAAAGCCAAGGUUAUCGUUUCACGGUCGUGAGGGAACGAAAGAAGGAUGCCACAGGCACAGCUCUUUCAAGGUGGAAUUUUAUCAUGAAUUAUGCGAUCUUUCUGGAGCAGUCAGUACACAGGUCUACAGGUCUGGGUCUCCUCCGCUCCGCCCCAGAGUGGAAUAGAACAGAAAAACACUUGUGUGUUACGUUUAAAAGGAAAAGCCUGACGGGAUGUACAGCACUCAACUUAAUCUGACAAGCACGCUAAUGGACUCAGAAGCUCGCUGGUUUCCACAAAUCUCUUUAAACAGCUGCCGCUCCGCUGCCACGUCAAUAUUAGCUCCGCGCCCAUCGACAGUCACUUCGCAGUUAUUUCUCACCCACUUGCCGAGUUUAAACUUCACUGGAGAUUGUGAGAUACAUUUAUUCCGGAGGGGGGGGGGGGGGGGGGA